AUGCUGCAAGACCAAAUUAUGGAUAAUGCGGCUUACACGUCAAACUUUGGUAGCUCCAACCAACCUUAUCCCUACAUGCCUGCCGCCCCAUCGCGUCAUUCCGAUCGACCAAGACCAUCAAGUGCUCGUGAUCCAGUGUAUGCUGAUCUACUAGAAGGAUCGUUAUAUAACCAAAGAGGAACACCACAGAUUAAACCGCAACAGUUUAUCAACUCUCCUUAUGAUGGGCGUGCUGCAUCGGUUGACCGAGGGCCAAAUUACCAAGGGGGAAGCCGAAGCUAUUAUUCCAAUUCGGUCCAACGCUACAAUCGAAAUGUUUAUCCCCCUGGGUACCCAUACGGUCAGAAUCCCUCCUACCAGCCAUCGGUUUCACUUUUUUCGGCAGCUCAAACAAGUGGACAUCGUCGAGCACAAUCGUAUGACAUGAACCUGGAAAGACAGGGUCUCUACGAAUACAACAGCGCUUUGACAUCCUCUGGCAUUGGGACUAACCAUGGUCCAUACAGCAUGUAUGGGAAUACAGGAAGUGGAAGAGUCGAUGGGUUAGGAGCGGGUGUUUCGUUAUUAACCCCAGUUGCUGGUUUUAAUAACCCAGGUGGAGGAGUAGCCAACUAUGGCGGAUAUGGCGGUAUUGGCAACAGUUCAGGAGUAGCGACAUUGUCAAACAGCGUAGAUGUAGUAAAUAUCCAACGUGAAUGUGUGAGACUUCAUCAGGAACUCGAUGUAACCAGAGAAAAGUUAAAUGCAUGCAUGACAAGCAUCCGUACAUUCUGGAGUCCAGAGCUUAAAAGGGAGCGAGCUAUGAGAAAAGAGGAGAAUGCAAAGUAUGCUAUCCUUGCCGAUCAUCUCCACCAACUACAGUUGGAAAAGCAGACAAUGCUGCAGGCCUUGCACAAUUCUGAUGCCGAGUUGCGAAGAGAGCGUGAGAAGAAUGCCUCACGUUUCAAAGUGGGACCAGAUGGUAACGAAGUCAACGAGUACGAAGUGAUGAGACGGCGCAUAGACGAGUUGACUUGCGAGAAUUGCCUAUUAAGUAAAUCAAUUGAGGAAGCGGAGAAGCGAGCCUCAAGUCUGCAGGCCAGCCUGAUGACCACCGAGGAGAGCUUGCGUAGGCUGGUAGAAGCUGUCAAGUCGGGAAAGGCCGUUGCCGCUCAACAACAGUCAGGGCAACAACAGCAACAACAACAACAAAUUGGGGGCGGUGGCAAAAUGGAGCAGGCAUCAACUCCGGUCGGGGACUCUAGUCUAGCCGGUAUUCGUAUCGACCGCCUUGAAUCUGAUAGAAAUGAGAUUGAAAGGCUUCGGGAGCAGCUAAAUGAGGCCUUUCAUAGAGAAAGUGAAGCCGAAAAAGCUCUUGUCGAGUGCGAGAUGGCGAGAAAUCAGCUUAAGGACGAACUAGACGGUGUAUCACAAGAACUGGACACAGUGAAGCACGAAAAUGAGGGUCUCCGUCUAAAUAUCCGUGAAGUUCAGACCCUUCAAGCAAUUGUGGAUACGAAGGAGUCUAAAAUAUUGACGUUGGAGAAUGAAAUCCGCCUCUUGGAAGAUGAAAUCGCCCGACUCCGAGACGAGGGGAUUGCUACGCCAACAACAUCAUUAAGCAGUGGUAUUGAAGAUGUGGAUCGAACCUUGAACACGUUCCGAAGUAACGAGCGUCUCCUUAAGUCAAAGGUUGAAUUCCUUACAAGUGAACUCUCAAAGCGUGAUAACGAAAUCUAUGCCUUACAAUCACGUUUGGAAAUGGCGGAAAAGCAACAGCAAGAUCAGAACCACCACAUCAAUGUGCUGAAAGAGCAAGUCAAGGCCCGAGAGAACAAGGUGUCUAUGCUCACUGCUGAUAUUGAGGACUUCCGAAAACGCCUGAAAGAGAAGGAGGGGCUGUUGGAAAAGAAGACGAAAUUGGUGGCAAACAACGCCACGGGAAAACGGCAACUGGAAACGGAAUUAGCGGAGUUGAAGGAUCAAGUCGAUUUAAAGGAGAGAAAAAUUUCACUACUUCAACGCAAGGUUGAAAAUUUGGAAGAAAUGGUGACGGAAAAAGAAACUCAACUAGCUAGUGUAAAAUCGAGGCUCUCGCGUCUAAGCAGCGAGAAAACCGGUACAGAAGGUCCGAAGGCCAAUUUAGAAGACACUUUGAAGGAGAAGGAUAGGCAAAUUGAAAGAUUGAAGGAAGCACGAGAACGCAAUGAAGCAGAGUGGGCGGAGGAGGCGGAGGGCCAACGGCGCGUACAAUCAGAGCUGCGAGGCCGGUUGGAUACUGCAUUGAGAGACUUAGACGAAAAGAGUGCCCAACUUAGUGAGGCACGUGAAGAGGUGGCACAGCUGCGCAGUUCCCGCUACAAGCGAGAUACCGAAGUGGGUCAGUUACAGGCCCAGCUGCGUCAACGUGAUGCAGAGAUGUCUGCCCUCCAGCUGGAGAAACAGAUGCUGCAUAAACAAGUGACAAACGAGACGGAAAUGAAGUAUUCCAAGACAGUUGCUGAAUUGGAGUCCCAGGUAAAUCACUACAUGGAAUCAGCUUCGAAGUUGCAGAGCGAGGUCGAUCGACUUCUCAACAUGAUUCGCACCUCCGAUUCUGACAAACUUGACAAGGACAAUCAGAUUCACGAGCUUGAGGAACAACUGCAUGAGGCCCAAAAUCAGAUUGGAAGCCUCAAAAGGUCUCAACAGGCGGAUCGGAAGAAGAACACACAAAUGCUGGAUGAAGCUCGUCAGAGAGCUGAUGCAAUUCAAAGCGAUGCCGAAAUGCUUAAGAAUCUGAGUUCAUCAAAAGCCUAUGACACAACACUUCUCUUCCUCCAGGGCUGA